CGCUUUACAACGGCAAGAGCUCUGUCAAACACAGUGUACGGUAUUCCGUAGCUGGAAAAGCUCGCUGUGUUCCUUCAACUCUGUUGGCAGCUUGGCAGAUGUUUAAUGGCGACCGCUAGUGACGGGUCGCCUGUAUGACCUGUCAUCCACGAACUAUUUACCGUAGAACCUUAGGAUAUUUGUUUACGUAAAUAUGACGGGCAUAUUACCAUCGUACCAACGCUUUGUUAACGGAGUUCCAGUGCCGUCCAUAUCUCGGCGUUCGUUCCGCCUUCGGGAGAAAUAUUUGAUUGUUUCUGUACUUUUGACAUUCGGAAUCGUGUGGCUAGGAGCGCUGUUCUAUUUGCCGGAGUUCAAAAGUUCCACGAGUGUGAACGAUAGUGUGUAUAAUGUGUACAAACGUAUUCAGAAAGCGGGGCCGGAGCUGCUGAUGCCGCCUCCUCUGGCGCAGAAUGAGUUGGGAGACUUUCCUGCGGGUGCUCAUCACGGGGAGUCGCUGGACGGGGAGGAUCCUCACGUAGCCGAGGACAGGAACCGUCUGCGAGCCAAGAUAGAGGAGGACAUGGGCAUGAAAGUGCUGGAGAGGCCACAAUUUGAGGCAGUGCCGUCGGCCUCCUCAUCUAAAGGCACAAGUAAGAGGCCUGUGGAUGCUCUCGAGGAGCCCGCGGCAGGAAAUAAUGCUGCAAGCAAAAGUGUGUCCCCGUCGGAGCCUAAAUUGGAGGGCUCUGAGAACCAGUAUGCAGUAGUGGCACUGAGCUCAAACGCUGAUCCGGACGUCAAGCAUAAACUAGGAGUUGUCAAAGAGAUGAUGCGACACGCAUGGAAUAACUACAAGCUGUACGCGUGGGGCAAGAACGAGCUGAAGCCUAUCUCCAAACGGGCCCAUCUCUCCAGCGUGUUCGGAAACGGCGAGCUAGGCGCCACCAUCGUCGACGGACUCGACACGCUGUACCUCAUGGGACUGCGGGAUGAAUUCCGGGAGGGCCGUGAGUGGGUAGCGGAACAUCUACAUAUCGGAGAACUCGAUUCCGAGCUCUCAGUGUUCGAGACCAACAUCCGGUUCGUCGGCGGUCUGCUGUCCUGCUACUCAUUGACUGGCGACAGCAUCUUCAAGGACAAGGCUGUGGAAGUGGCCGACGCGUUGUUGCCAGCUUUCGAGACCCCCACCGGCCUGCCGUAUGCUCUCAUCAACCCGUCUACUAAGGCGAGCCGGCAGUACCACUGGGCGGGACCAAACAGCAUCCUAUCCGAGAUCGGCACCCUCGAUCUGGAGUUCAAGUAUUUGAGCGACAUCACGGGAAAAGAUGUGUACAGAAAGAAGGUGGAGCGUAUCAGGGAUGCGCUGAACAACAUCGAGAAGCCGAGCGGACUGUACCCGAACUUCAUCAACCCGCGCACCGGCCAGUGGGGACAGAGACACAUGUCUCUCGGAGCGCUGGGCGAUUCUUUCUACGAGUACCUCCUGAAGGCGUGGCUGAUGUCCGGACAGACUGACGAGCAGGCGCGAGCCAUGUUCGACGAAGCCAUGCCAGCCGCCUUGGACAAGAUGCUGAGGGUCUCGCCUUCGGGGCUCUCGUAUCUGGCUGAGAUGAAGUAUGGAAGAAUCUUGGAGGAGAAGAUGGACCAUUUAUCGUGCUUUGCAGGUGGCAUGUUCGGGCUGGCUUCCACGACGUUGGAGAACACGUUAUCAGAGCGGUACAUGGACGUGGCCAAGAAGCUGACUCACACCUGCCACGAGAGCUACGCGCGUUCCGAAACCAAACUCGGACCGGAGGCAUUCAGAUUUUCAGGCGCAGUCGAAGCGAGAGCGCAGAAGAGCAACGAGAAAGUUUACCUUCUACGACCAGAAACCUUUGAGAGUUACUUCAUUAUGUGGCGCCUCACCAAGGACCAGAAGUACCGCGACUGGGGCUGGGAGGCUGUGCAGGCACUGGAGAAGCACUGCCGCGUAGAAGGCGGGUACACGGGGCUCGUGAACGUGUACCACAACAAGCCGCAGGGCGACGACGUGCAGCAGAGCUUCUUCCUAGCCGAGACACUCAAGUACCUGUACCUGCUGUUCGCGGACGACUCGCUCUUGCCACUAGACGAGUGGGUGUUCAACACCGAAGCCCAUCCUCUACCCGUCAGGAACAAGAACCCGCUGUAUCGACCCGCGCUCACCGGGGAACUCAGCGACGACAACCAGGUCUAAAACUUAUGGAGCUGCCCACGGUAACAUACUUACGUUCCACCAAGUCUAAAACUUACGGAGCUACCCUUCGGUAACAUAGCAACGUUCGACCAAGUUUAAAACUUACGGAGCUACCCUUCGGUAAUAUACCAACGUUCGACCGUGUCUUGAACUUACUGGGUUAGACCGACCUGAGAUCGUUCCGUCUAGUCUAAAACUUAUGGAGCUACCCUCCAGUGACAUAUAGUCAGCGAUAAUAACAUCGUACAAAAAGAAGGCUGCAUAAAUAUCAGACACACUUUUAUGACUAACAAUAAGAUUGUGUCACAUAUUUUUGCGAUCUUCUUUUUAUACGAUAUUAUUGGUCUUCGACCUGUGGGCAAAAAAAACACAAAUGAGUGCCACAAAUGUAUAAAGCCUGAACAGAAAUAUAUGACUUGACAGGAGGGCACUGUUAUUCUGAUGUAUGGGGUGACAGUUCAGUUUAGUAUGAAGAAAAUAGUUCUAAUGAAAUUCCGCAACAUGGCGCGUAUAUAUUUCUGGUAAGGCUUUACAAGGCCUACAGGCAGUCGUCAAAAUACUACGUUUGGUCACACAGGGGGAGGGCGGGUCUAAUCUCUUGUCACGUAACCUGUGGAAUAUUGGCCCAGCCGUGGCCAGCUGUGGGACGCAUAUCUUGGCAUAUACUACGCUUGGUCACGUAGUUUGGGUAUGUUCCCUCACUGUCUAAACGAAGAUUCAAACGACGAAUUUUUUUAAUCGAAGGGCACGAAUUUUUAAUAUGUUGUCUUAAAAUUCUUAAAGUCGUGUUGAUGUACCAAUAUGAUGUGACCAAAAGAUUUACUCUUUUAGAAAACGUUAUAGGUAAUUUUACUAGGCGUUACUGAUUAAAAUCAGUGACUUAGUAUACUCUGGCAAGCCAAUUUUGUCAUUAGUAAAGGCGUAUACUCAAAAUCCUUGGCACUUACAAUUUUCAAAUUUGCCGGCGUUUCCUACUGACACUUAGAUUGCUAGAGUAUAGAUACCAUUUUAUUAUGAUGGAAAGUGUGAGUUUGGUUAAUUUAUAUUUGAAAUAUCUAUCCUUUUUGUUUCUUCUCAAUUUCAAUGCUGAGAUGAACUCAAGUUUUAACUAAAAAGUUUAGUCAAAACUGAAGUACAUCUUGGCCAACUAGCGCAUUGACUUUAUAGAGACAAAUUGACACGAUAUACGAUAUAUUUUCAUAGAGAAUUGUUGUUCAAACAGACAAUUCAUCAUGUAAAGAUUCGGGAUACUUACAUUGGCCCGAUUCUAAAGUAAGGACGCAAAGCACUAAGGAUUUCGUACAUUGACCCGCAUGUUCCUAUCUCUUUCCAACGCGCAUAUUUUAUAUAGGAGUCAUGCUCAUACAGUCACCCGAGGGUCAAUGUCACUAAAGAUGAGCAGAACAGCAAUACAUUAUAUAUGAUAGUGCGAUAGAGAUACUCUUUGUACGAAAUUCUAUGAGCGUGGCGUUCGUACUUUAUUCACAAUUUUAUUUGUCUAUGUUCAGCUAAGUGAUGUUUAUGGAUCUUAUUGUCUGAAUUGUGAGAACUCGUAGCUUAUUAAUUUUAUUACUUUACAACCAUGGCCAGUUAUAGUGAGUAUUAUUGGCCAUUAAUUUAGUUCAAUUUCCAUAUAUUAUCACUGUUUUAUAUACUUUCGUGGGUACGUUUUCUUCCCGUAGUACCCGUGGUUAAAGAGAAUGUACAAAUGUAUUAUUAUAUUGAAAUAUUCCUCAAUUUCAAAUAGAUAUCGCAAUUUUGGAAAGAGUCCAGUUUUUGAAAUCAAAUAGGCCGAAUUUAGUGUUUCUAUGUGGACCUGAUUUUGUGAUGCGUUACACAGAACACCCCACUAGAAGCCUAAUGCAAGCGAUAUUGUUCGAGACGCAAAUCACCAAUCCUUGCGGGGUGAGGCGGGCGCGCACGGUGCUGCCAUUGGUCGUUUCAAAUAAUGGCGCGCC